ACUCCUUGAAUUUCAAUCUUCAUCGGGUCUCGAUCUGAAUCUAUCUCUCGCAGGAAACAGAAACAAGAUUGAAUAUAGAUAGGGGAUUUUGAGAAUGGCAAACACAGCUUGCUUUAUGAUUGUGGCUCGGAAUGAUAUUCCCAUCUAUGAAGCUGAAGUUGGAUCUGCUGCUAAAAGAGAAGAUGCUGCUCAGUUGCACCAGUUUAUAUUACACGCUGCUUUAGAUGUCGUCCAAGACCUAGCUUGGACUACAAGUGCCAUGUUCUUGAAGUCUGUUGACAGGUUUAAUGAUCUGGUUGUCUCAGUGUAUGUUACUGCUGGUCAUAUCCUUUUUCCAUUGGAACAGCUAUUUUUUUGCUUCUUUUCCUUCUAAUUCAUUUAAUGUUAGAUUUGUCUGUUGAGUCCAGUUUUGAAAAUGUUUGUUUGUUUCUUCCUUAACUUAUCAACACAUACUCGUCUCAUGCUCCUUCAUGAUUCACGCAAUGAGGACGGCAUCAAGAGCUUCUUUCAGGAGGUCCAUGAGCUUUAUAUUAAGAUUCUUCUGAAUCCAUUGUAUCUGCCUGGUUCUCGCAUCACAUCGACGCAUUUUGACACCAAGGUACGUGCACUCGCAAGAAAGUACCUUUAGAGAAGACCGGAGAUUCUUGGAUCCUUAUCGAAAGCUGUCUGUCUAGUGCUCGAUGUCAGUUAAAUUUACUUGUAUGACUUUCAAGUACAUUCUAAUGUUGUUGAGGUUCCUUGUUAAGUAUGAGAAACCAUAGUUUCAUCUUUGAUUGUUUCCACUUUCCUUGUAUUAUGGAAAACAGAGAAGUUUUUAUUAAGAGUUUCCUUUGCAAUAUGGAUUUAGGGGUAAUGCCUUG